CACGUUUCGCUGACAUCACGGCGGGUGUCGGAGCAGCCGGGGGCCAGCAGUCCCGCCGCCACGGCCACUGCGCACCCGCGCCUGCCCGCCAGCGGCCCCCCGAAACCGCCGCUCCCUGGCACCGGCACCUCCGGCCAGGAUGGCUGCUCGAAUCUAGCCAGGGAAGCGAGGGCAGUGCCGGAGAUCCCUGUCUAAGUGAUGGUGGGACCGGGAUAGAGGAGCUGCCGCGAGGAUGUCUGAAGCCAAGACCCUGAGCUCCUCUUGCCUUGUGCUUUCCUUGCUCUCCUUGCACUGGAGUUUGCUCCAGCUGGGCCAGGCUUUUCCCAGCACCUCCGACUACCUCCAGCGGGGCUGGCAGCGGCUGCUGGAGGAAGGGGAGGGCUGCGCCGAGUGCCAGCCAGAGGAGUGCCCGGCGCCACGCGGGUGCCUGGCUGGCACGGUGCGGGAUGCCUGCGACUGCUGCUGGGAGUGCGCCAACCUGGAGGGACAGAUCUGCGACCUGGACAACACCAACCACUUCUACGGCAAGUGCGGGGAGCACCUGGAGUGCCGACUGGAUGCCGGGGACCUGCGGCAUGGAGAGGUGCCUGAGCCCCAGUGUGCCUGUGUCUCCCGCCUGGCCCUCUGUGGCUCCGAUGGCAAAACCUACGCCCAGAUCUGCAGGUUCCUGGAGGUCGCCCGUGCCCACCCCGACACCAAUCUCACCGUGGCCCAUGAGGGUCCUUGCGAGUCAGAGCCCCAGAUUACCUCUCCUCCCUACGAUACGUGGAACGUCACUGGGCAGGACGUCAUCUUUGGCUGUGAGGUUUUUGCCUACCCCAUGGCAUCCAUUGAGUGGAGGAAGGACGGCAUGGAGAUGCUGCUGCCCGGAGAUGACCCCCACAUCUCUGUCCAGUUCAGAGGUGGCCCCCAGAAAUACGAAGUGACGGGCUGGCUCCAGAUCCAGGGCGUGCGGGUGACAGAUGAAGGCACCUACCGCUGCUUUGCCAAGAACAGGGUUGGGGAGGUGGUGGCGUUAGCCAGCCUGACCGUCUUCACACCGGAUCAGCUCAACCUGACAGGCUUUUCCCUGCCGAAGCCCCGCACGACGCCUGAGGACUAUGGGGAAAGUGAGGAGGACUAUUACUAGCCUGGAGAUGGGAUGUCUGUCUGGCUGCAGAGAUCACCUUGCCCACUGUGGCCAUACCCAGGGGUUGGGGACAUCUUGGGAACAAGCAUCCCCCCAGCCCAAAACUCCUUCUCUGAACAGUCCUGGCACAGUGGCCUCUUUUUUGGGGUUGGGGGACAGGGUGACACAUCCAUUUGCUGGGGGUGCUCAGGGAGGGGGGGGUCCUCGGGGAGGGGAUGCCGGCUGGUUGGUGGCGCAGGGCUGGGACGGGAGAGACUCUGCCUGGGGCAGGGUGGGUCUGUCCUCCAGCAUGGAGCGGGGAUAUGGUGGCUGGUGGGACACUGUGGGAACAGCCAUGCCAUGUGUGACAAGGACUUGGUGCUGGGGAUGGAGGUGGCCCCCCCUGGGAGAGGGAGACCAGGGCAGGGGCAUCUCUGCCCUGUACAAACAUUUUGGGGAAGCUGGAGCAGAGGACUGGGACCUGGCUGUGACACACAGUGUGUCACCCUCAGGGCUACCAGUGUCCCCCAAGGCAGGGACAGCCAGUCUUCUCCUCAGGACCUGGGGAACUUGCUGCCAAAACAUCCUUCUUUCCUGGUUUGUUUUUGAACAGAAAAGUAGCGAUUUGAGGAAACCAGACACUUGUGGUUUUCAGUGCUAUCUUUGCUCCCCUGGACAGCACUGGCCCAACCACCCCUGUGGUCAGAAACACUUUUUCAACCAACUUUGUGCUUUCCCUACCAAGCAGCUCUUUACUUUGUCAUUUCAGUUAAUGUUAGUUAAAAUACACAUGUAGGUCAAAACC